CUUGGAGUCGGCGCCGGGGCCAGCGUGGGCUCGGCGGGCCGGAGUUCAGCGCUUAGCGGCGCCGUUACGGGCGGCUGUCUCGGGACUCGCAGGAUGCCGGAGGCGCGGCAGCGCGGAGCGCGGGUGCUGUGGACGCUGCUGUGGGUGGCCGCGGUGCGCUCCUACAACGUGGACGUGGGGCGGCCCGUGGUGUUCCGGGGUCCCAAUGGCUCCUUCUUCGGGUACUCGGUGCUGCAGCACUACCACGACAGCACGCGGUGGGUCUUGGUUGGUGCUCCCAAGGCAGAAUCUAAAUACAGCACCUCUGUUCAGUCCCCAGGAGCAGUGUUUAAAUGUCGAGUUCAUACCAACCCUGACAGAAGAUGCACAGAACUGGAUAUGGGGAGAGGCAAUUCUCGGGGCAUGCUCUGUGGAAAGACCUGUAAAGAAGACAGAGACGAUGAAUGGAUGGGUGUGAGCCUAGCUAGACAGCCAAAGGCUGGUGGAAGUGUGCUGGCAUGUGCUCACCGCUGGAAAAACAUCUACUAUGAGACAGAGUACAUCUUGCCCCAUGGUUUCUGCAACAUCAUUCCUCCUGACCUGCAGUCCAAAGGGAGGAAGCUCUUGCCCUGCUAUGAAGAGUACAAGAAGAAGUAUGGGGAGGAGCAUGGUUCAUGCCAGGCAGGGAUCGCAGGCUUCUUCACUGAGGAAUUGGUCAUCAUGGGGGCACCAGGAUCUUAUUAUUGGACAGGAACUGUCAAAGUACUGAAUCUCACUGACAACACAUAUUACAAGCUGAAUGAUGAUGCUGUGAUAGCCAGGAGGUACACAUACCUUGGCUAUGCAGUGACAGCAGGUCAUUUCUCUCAGCCGACUACCACUGACAUUGUAGGAGGAGCUCCCCAGGAUGGAGGCAUCGGAAAGGUUUAUAUUUUCAGAACGGACAGACAGUCAGGCUCUCUAAUAAAGAUUUUUCAGGCUUCAGGAAAAAAGAUGGGCUCUUACUUUGGCUCCUCCUUAUGUGCAGUUGACCUGAAUUCUGAUGGGUUGUCAGACCUGCUGGUUGGAGCACCUAUGUUUUCUGAGGUCAGAGAUGAGGGUCAAGUCACAGUCUACAUCAACAGAGGAAAUGGAGUGCUGGAAGAACAGCUCACCCUGGGUGGUGAUGGUGCCUAUAAUGCACACUUUGGGGAGAGCAUGGCUGCCCUUGGCGAUAUUGAUGACGAUGGCUUCCCAGAUGUUGCCAUUGGAGCGCCUAAGGAGGAUAACUACAUAGGAGCUGUGUACAUUUACCAUGGGGAUGCCAGUGGUAUUAUACCUCAGUACUCUAUGAAGCUGUCUGGGCAAACAAUAAACCCAAAGCUGCGUAUGUUUGGCCAGUCCAUAUCAGGGGGAGUUGAUAUGGAUAGUAAUGGUUAUCCAGAUAUGACUGUUGGAGCCUUCCUUUCAGACAAUGUGGUACUUCUCAGAUCCAGGCCUGUCAUUACCAUGGAUGUCACCAUUUUCCUGCCCAUAUCUAUCAAUAUCACAGCUCCUCAGUGCCAUGAUGGUUUGCAGCCGGUGAACUGCCUCAAUGUCACAGCAUGCUUUCGUUUCAGUGGCAAGCAUGUUCCUGGAGAAAUAGGUUUGAAUUAUAACUUGACUGCUGAUGUGGCAAAGAAGGAAAAGAGCCAGCAACCCAGAGUUUAUUUUGUGACUUCUGGAGAGGCAGCAGGGCAGAUCACAGAAAAGUUACAACUGUCAUUCAUGCAGGAAAAGUGCGAGCAUUACCUAGCAUAUGUCAAGAAAAGAGUCAAGGACGUCAUCUCUCCAAUUGUAUUUGAAGCUUCGUACAGCCUUGGAGAACAUGUGAUAGAAGGAGGAAAAGACGACAAGGAACUAACUGCUCUGAAGCCCAUUCUUCGCUGGAAGAAAGGACAAAAGAUAGCACAAAGGAAUCAGACUGUUUUUGAGAGGAACUGUCAAUCUGAUGACUGUGCUGCUGAUUUGAAACUUCAAGGAAAAUUAUUGCUCUCUAGUGUUGAUGACAGAACUGACUACCUGGCCCUGGGAGCAGUGAGGAACAUCUCACUUAACAUUUUCAUCUCCAACAUCGGUGAUGACGCCUACGACACCAAUGUUUUCUUCAAUUUUUCUCGAGAGCUCUUCUUCAUCAAAAUGUGGCAAAAGGAGGAGCUGGGCAUUGCUUGUGAAUUACUGGAGGCAGAUUUCCUCAAGUGCAGUGUGGGAUUUCCUUUCAUGAGAUCCAAAUCUACGUACGAGUUCAGUGUGAUCUUUGACACAAGCCACUUGACCGGGCAGGAAGAAACACUUACCUUCCUUGUCUCUGCCCAAAGUGGAAACCUAGAACGUGCUGAAUGUCUGCAUGAUAACACUCUAAUCCUGUCAGUGCCCCUGAUGCAUGAAGUGGACUCAUCUGUCAAUGGAGAAGUCUUCCCUACUUCAUUUUUCUAUGGUGAUUCUGUGGAAGCGUCCAACUUUGUUCAGUUGGAAAACCAUGAAUGCCUUUUCCAGUCUCUCAAUUUCACACUGCAGGUUUACAAUGCUGGACCAAGCACUCUUCCUGGAGCUUUUCUUGAUAUUUCAAUUCCAAACCGCCUCUCUGCCACUGGAGCUGAAAUAUUUCAUAUUCAGCAGAUGAUGGUUGGUCAGGACAAAGGAAGCUGUUCUUUCCAUAGAAACCACAGCCCGUGCGUUGUUCCUCAAGAGAAUGAAAAUAUUUUCCACACAAUAUUUGCUUUUUUCACGAAGUCUGGCAGAAAAGUAUUGGACUGUGAGAGACCAGACAGAUCUUGUUUAAUUGUACACUGCAACUUAAGCUCACUACCUAAAGCAGAGUCCUGUGAUAUAAAUAUCUACAUGCUGCUGAAUACUGAGAUACUCAAGAAGGACAGUUCAUCAGUCAUCCAGUUUGUCACAAGGGCAAGGCUGCAGGUGGACCAUGACCUCAGAGUUGUGGAGGUGCCCAAUGGGAGUCCAGAAGAAAAACUAGUGGUCUUUGAGGCUUUGCACAAUCUGGAGCCUCGUGGGUAUGUUGUCGGAUGGAUCAUUGCCAUCAGUUUGUUGGUGGGAAUUCUCAUCUUCCUAUUGCUGGCUGUGCUCUUAUGGAAGAUGGGCUUCUUCCGCCGGAGGUACAAAGAAAUUAUUGAGGCUGAAAAGAGCAGAAAGGAGAAUGAAGAUAGUUGGAACUGGGUCCAGAAAAAUCAGUAAACUGUCCAUGAAAACAAAACUGCCCAGUCAUGUGACAUGCACCGCUAGUCUAUAGAUCCUGCUCUCGUAUCUUCCAUAUGUGGAAGAAGGAAUCUUCUCCAGAUUUUUCGGAGACCCCAUUGAUGCUGUGUCUUUAUUACUCCCAAAAACUAGGGAACAUAUCCUGAGGCAACCACUGCAGCCAUGUCAGGUGACUGGAGCGAUUCACACUUCAUUUAAGAGUUGAACUUUGACCUUUGGUAACCAAGCUGCAGUGCAGAGCAAUAUUUAUGAGUCCAAUUAUGUAGUAUGCCCUCAGGGGAAGACUUUUACCUAAGAAUAUUUUUUAUAAAUAUGAGCUUUUUAUAUUGAGUAUGUCUUUAUAUUUGUAUCAAUGUUUUAUAAUUUCUAUUGAAUAGCUAUAUAGUUCACUCAAGCACUGAUAUCUGGCUAAAUCUAAAUCUUUGAAAAUAUAUAUAUAUAUAUGUAUAUAUAUAUAAAUUCUAUUGUACUUUUAAACAUCAAUGCAAGAGAGAAAAGAGAGAUUUGCAGAUAAAAGUAGCUGAAAUCCUCAUAUGCUUAAUUCACAAGGCUUGGUAAUAUCAUAUAUAGAUCAUUUAAUAGAAAUAAGCCAAAAUCUUUUUACUGUCUCCUUCUUUAAGUUAAAUUUGGUGUUUGAUUUAUAAGCUACAGAACCUAAAGUAUUUCACUCUGAUACUCUGUAUCUUGAGUCUGUCCUUUACUAGCCUGGGUGGGAGUGGAUAAAACCACUUCUUCAGUGACAUGUAGCAAGAUGUAGUUUGCUUUGGCUCACUGAGGAAGGCACCACAGAAUGUUCUCUUUGGGAAUUUUUCUUUUGCAGUCUCUAGCACUGUACAGGUGAGAUACCAGAAGGAUGUAGUUGGGCCAACCACUAUGGCAUUGACAAAUUCCUCUAAAUAAUAAUAAUUUAAAAAGUAAUUAAGUCAUAUUAAUAUUAAGAUGGAUAAUUUUAAAGCUACUGUUAAGGAUUGUGAUCUGUUGCUAUCAAAGCAAGUGAUAAAUUGCUAUGUGCUAUGAGCAUUAUGUUUGCCAUGUGAGUUACUUGAGUCAUGAGUUUGUUUAUAUGAUAAUUUUAAGAGAGAUAAGUAGAUGCAAGGAUUAAAAUGUUUGGAUAUUUGAAUCUCGAGAUUGCCUAUCUGGGUGUUCCAAGUACUGAAUGUAUUUCAUCAAGAAUUUAGAAGGAAGUUUAGUCAAGGCACAGAUGUUAUUGGAUCUCAGCUUGCCACUUUUAUUGCUGGUAAUUCCUUAACAAAUUGUUUGUUGAAUUAAAAGAAGUCCAGUUGUAAUUAAUUCAAAUAUGUUUCUUCAAAAGCUCUUGGAUUUCUGAACAGAAAUAGUGGAACUCUGUAAGACUUGGAUUUAGAUUCUACUUGUAUUUUGCACUUUGUGUAAAUAAGGAGUAAAUGUCAUGUUGGUAUAAAAUCCAUGUAAAGGAAAGAAGGGCCAAGCUCUGUGGUAGAAAGUGAAACCAGGAUUGAAAGGUUGCAGGAUGUCUUCUUCCUUAAGUGUGGUAAAACAACAGCUGGAAGUUUGGAAACUUGAACACAGAGAACAUGCAAAAAAUCAGCUUUAGAACAGGUCUUGCUCUCCUUGGCCAUAUUCAUGAUAUCUUCAAAUCAUAAAAAUGGUCCACAAA